AUGCCUCCCCGGAUACCAACGCAAGCGGACUUCUCGCCCCUUUCGUCCACCCUCCCCCUGGCCCUGCACUUCCCCUCGCCGCCCGAAUCAACGACCGCCCUCCUCAUCCUCUUCCACGGCCUGGGCGACUCCGAGACGCCCUUUGCCAGCUUCGCCCGCAACCUCAACCUCCCCGGCGUGCUGGCCAUUUCCGUCCGCGGCACGCGCCCGCUCCCGCCGUCGCUCGUCGACGACUCGCCUCUGCCGGCGGGGCAUUUCCACUGGGGCGAUGACAUUGCGCUGGACCAGAGCACGGGGGAGCUGGACCCCGACCCGGGGUUCGCCAGGGCCGCCGGGCUGGUGGUGCGGGAGCUGAUUGAGGGCGUGCUUGUUGACAAGUGCGGCUGGGAGAUGGGCGACGUGCUGCUGUUUGGCUUCGGGCAGGGCGGCUCGUUGGCUUUGGGGAUGGCGGCGCAGCUGGCUGCCGAGCGUGUUGUGGACGUUUCUGCGUCCGGGGAAGGGGGGAGGGCGUUUAAGGGUGUUGUUUCGAUUGGCGGCGGCCUGCCUGGGAGUAUGGUGUCGGCGAGGCGUGACAGGGACAAGAGCGAUACGCACGUGUUGGCAUGCCAGGUCGAUGGGGAUAUGGAAGAUGGCAUCAGGCAAGAGUUUAAGAAUGUACAGGUCGUGAGGUGGGGAGGGGGCGAGGUACGAAUGCCGAGGGAUAGGGGGGAGGUUCUUCCCGUCAUGAGGUUUUUCGCGGACAGGCUUAAGAGCGGCUGGCCCUGA